GAAAACAUCAAUCCACGUAAGCUGUGCAUUGUGAAUCAUAGCCAUCCGGCCCUAAGCCUGUGCAAAACAUCAAUUGUUGGUCCGACGGUGCCCAAAAAUCAUCUGUGUUCGAUCGCAUUGUCAACGUUUAGUGUUGUGUGUUGUUUUUUUCGUUCUGCGGAAGGGUGUUUCCUUCUCUGGCAAGCAGCAUCGUCGUGACUGAAGGAAAAGUGAGUGGAUGAAUGCGGUCAGGAAAACAUAAAACAACGUCCGAAAAACGGGGUCACACGCCUCAAGCUUGGAAGCUGUGUAGCAGCGACGGUACACGGAAAAGUGGUCGGGAAAAUAGAACACAACAUAUAAAAAAAGGUGUAGUGCAGUGCGCUACUUCGAUCGGAAGCGAAAGAGAGCGUGUGUGAUGUAGGGCCACAACGGGUGGAAAGAGUGAGAAAGGUACCCCCCGACUGGUUGGAAAAUGCCCCACUGAGGGAAAGGUGUGUGAAAGGUAAAAGUAGCAUAAAUCAACGUAGCCCAUUGGGGCAGGUAAGCAAAGAAACAAACAAAGAAGCCACCUCCGUUCGGAAGCUGGAACGGGCGACGGCAGUUCGUCGCGUUCGGCAUACACAUUGCUCGGUAGGAUGUGUCGUUGGUGAGUGAGGAAACUAGCACCAAGUGGCCCCAGGAAGUGCUGUAUCGAAUGUGACGGAUCGCUGACUGGCGGCCCCAAGCUGCACACAGUCAGUGUGGGUAGUUUGCAUACUGCUGCAUGGAGAAAGUAGGCCUUACGUCCGCUGCCUCAACUGCCACCAGUGCACGAACCCGGGAAAGGAUGUCACGCCGAAAAAAUCUGGCCGGCCUGUGCGCGAUCGCCGCCGUGUGCAUUGUGGUGCUGUACGCAAGCCAGCGUUACACCUCCAACAACUACAGCACGGAGUACUUCCGGCCGCGGGAGCGUACGGCCAAUCAGCGGAUACUCAACUCACACAACAAGUACUACGGGUCUCGAUCCUACGGUGGCUCGUCUGGCACCUCGUACGACUCGUACCCGUCGGUGCACAACUCUUCCAUCAGCAUCGAGGACGUGCUGAACUACCAGCGUGUCCUGAUCGAGGCCAGCUUCGACGAGCGCUCCUUCGCCGGCGAAAAGUUGAAGGACCUCACACCGGAGACGGAUGGGCGGCCGAGACGCAGCAUCAUCAUAACGACGUGGCGCUCCGGGUCGACGUUCCUCGGCGACAUUCUGAACGCGCUGCCCGGCAACUACUACCACUACGAGCCCCUGCUCGACUUCGACAUCGUGCAGAUCCGCGGUCCACCGAACGAUAGUGUCGCGCUGCACAACCUGCGCCAUCUGCUGCGCUGCAACUACAACGAGAUGGAGAAUUACCUCGACUUCGGCCGGACGCACAACUAUCUGUUCAGCCACAACACGCGCCUCUGGCAGCAGUGUCUCCGCUUUCCACAGUUCUGCUACGAUCCCAAGUUCCUAGGGCCGUUCUGCCAGCUGUUCCCGCUGCAGAGCAUGAAGGUGGUGCGCCUCCGGGCGGCCCUCGUCGAACCGCUGCUCGAGGAUGAGAGCCUCAACGUGCGCGUGGUGCUUCUGAUACGGGACCCCCGGGGGUCGCUGCAAUCGCGAAGGCACCGCGUCUGGUGCCCGGACCAUCCCGAUUGCUACGACCCGGUCACCGUGUGCGACGACAUGCAGCGGGACUACGAAGCCGCCAUCCAUUUGAGCGAGCGCUUUCCGAAGCGGUUUCUAGUGAUACGAUAUGAAGAUCUAUCGUUGGAUACGUACGGCAAAACCAAAGAGAUUCUGGACUUUUACGGGCUUCCAUUCCAUCCGGAGGUAAAGGCGUUCCUGGACACGCACACCACGCAGGACAUUGGUGGCGUCAGCUCGACGUACCGCGACUCCAAAUCGGCCCCGUUCCACUGGACAAAGGAACUUACGUUCGACUACGUACAAAAAGUACAGGAAAGCUGCGUAUCGGCGAUGAGAAACUGGGGCUAUCGGAAUGCGACGAGUGAGCGCGAACUGUACGACGAUUUUAACCCACUGCUAAAGUACCGAUUCUCGUGAGACACCCUCCGUCCAGCCGGGUCGAUGCGAUGGGAAGUUAAUG